GCUGAGCAACCAAGGCUCGAACGAUGUCUACUUUGCCGGUACGAGCGAAGGAGGAGGAAGAGGUCCGUGCAGGAGCGACGAACGCUGAGAGAGGGCAUUAUGUGAAACUUCUCGAGCUCAACAUCGGUGCAGCAGCCUUGUAUGAAAGCGGUUGGCCGGUCUCAGGACAGCUUGUUUAAGCAUAGCGACCUUUGGUUGAAACAAGCAGAGUGAUGCGAGCAAUUUCGAAACACCCACCCACAGGAGGCCAUGAGACUGGAGGCCACAAAUUCCAUCAAGGAAAAUACGCCGAUACCAUGUGCAAGACCAAGGUAUACAAGAUCAAGCAUGAGUUGGAUUGGCCUGGCUGGUCCGAGGAACGAAUUGCACGCGCUGAAAAGAAUUGGCAUUACUGCUUGAAAUGGCUUCGAGCUUUUCGCGAGCAUUUUGCAGAGCCCGCCGAGGUUUUCAAGAAGCGCGAACAAGUGUAUCGGCGUCAAGCGGUUUUACAGGCACUGUCCAAAUCAAAGCAAGCAUUGCUGCCCGCACAGAAUGUCUCAACGUACCAUAGCGCCGGCGCCAGCUUUGCAACCGUUGACAACAACUCGGAGACGGAUGUCGACACAGCAGAAUUCGUCCGCAUACUUCGAGGGGAAUACGAGCGACUGAAGAAGAUCGAGCAGAGACAACAGUAAAGAGAAGGCAAAGGCGAUGUCAAGGCGUAGCAACGAUUAAGUGAAAUGGGCAGGACCGUAUCGUGCCUGCCCACGUACAGAAGUAUGGAAAAGGGAACGGAAGUUGUUCGUAAAUGAUGAUU